ACGCUGGGAGGAACCAUUCCCCUCGCCAGCCGACCCACACAAGACACAUCUGAGCUCGAUUCUCCCUCUCCUCUGCACAACCUUUCCCUCAGAUAUGCUCAGCACAGAGCGGAUUCAACACACCACAUCAGGAACUAAACACGGACCUCGACAAGAGCACAUCACAGCGAUGGCCUCUCCUGUGCAGCUGUUCAUGAGCUUGCCUCAUCUGGACUAGGAGCGAAAUUCAUCUGAUACUCACACAGACAGACACACACACACACACACACACACACACACACACUACUAAAAGCAAAAACACAUCGCUUAGCCAUGUACAGCGUGGAAGACCUUCUCAUCUCUCAUGGAUACAAAGUCCCUCAAAGGAACAGCAACAAUGUCCCUGUCUCACAUUCGUCUUCCCCCCACCCUGCAACCUAUGAGAAAUGUCCGCCGAAGCGAAGCGACAGCCGGUGUGAAAUCGCUGAGAAGCGGAAAGGACACAGCGGCGUGAAUGGCUAUGAGGGGGACCAUGUUUACAGCAGUGGAGGCAUCAGACAAGCUCCUGCCAGGGGAUUCCCCAGUGACGCCGAGAACAGGGUCAGGAAGCAGAGGACACAAGACAUGGACAACGGUAACCUCGGAGAUGGACGUUUGCCAGAAGACAGCCUGACCACGGACAGUGGGUUUUUUGAGACCCACAGAAGAAUACAUUCUCAGCCUAGAUCUGAGCAGGAUGUGUCCUACUGGCGAAGAAGAGGUCAGGACUUUAGUGUGCUUUUGGAUUAUGCAGACUUCAGGGAUCCACGUAGAAGUGGAGGAGGUGUUCCCAACAAACCAGAAGGCAUGCAGCAGAGACCAGAAUCUGCCUUAAACACAGAGGAACAUAACCGUGAAAGACAACGUCGCGCAGAGAGUGCACGUGCCAUGGAGAGAGAGAUGGCUUUGCACCAGUGGAGAAAUGCAGCUGAAAGGAAGUACCAAAGUUUGGGAACAGAGGAGUGGCGUCCAAUGACCAGCAUGAGCCAUCAACCAUCGGAAAAUGAGGUGGCACAUGAGGAGCGCAGGCCACGAACUGCAGAAGGAGCCGUUCCACACAGAACCAAAAACAAGUCCCAGUCACUGCCCAGAAUGGCUCUGCAAUCUGAAAGCCUCCAGUACUUCAGCAUACCAACUGCUGGGCAAGAAUCAUAUGGAAGCUAUAAAUUAAAUGGCCACCAUGCACGAGACCCUCAUGGACGGCAUCUUAAUGAUGGGGAGAACAGGCAGAGGUGGACUGACCGAUCAGGUGCACAGUCUGCACCACUAUCAAAACCCAGAUCCAGCCGACCUCUCAGACCUCCAUCUUAUGAAGUGCACCAGCAGAUGCGUGGGAGCGCAGAGGUACUCACAGGGGAGCUUGCCCCUCGUCCCAGAGACAGAACUCCACUGCCCUUCUCAAAGCAAGAAUACUUUGUACAAGAACUCGCUGGACCUGGUAUGGAGCCCCCUGGUUAUAUCCCCCCUCCAUCUUACAGGAGGCAGCCUGUAGUUAAUAGAGGACACAGAACAUUUCCUAUCUCAAUGGGUAACCACCAAUAUAGAGGUGACCCCUAUAUACAGGGAUCUGCUAUGACAGAAGUGCAGGAAUGGUUUAUCAGGCAGACUGGGAUGGCUUGGCAAGACCAUUACAGAGAUGGAAGAAGAAGUAUGCCCUGCAGGAGACAGGCAUAUCCAGGCUACAGUGAAGAACAGAUGAGUAAUGUUCAAUACAUUCCCUUUAAUGACCCUCGUGUCAGACAUGUUUCAGGUGCAGGGAUAGAUGGAAACUCGUUGACAGAUGCAGACAAAAUCAGAAACAUCAGAAAUGAGAUUCCGGUCAAUCUCUUAUCUGAGAAGACUAACGACGGUGCCUUUCCUCUCACAGAGAAACCGUUUGACCGCACUGAACCAAGUCAAAGCAAUAUUAGUGAAUCUAUUAAUGAGGACAGUAUACACAAGGAAGUGCUUAAGGAGACAGAAAGUUCAACCACAUUACCUGACCAAAACUGCAACAAGCAUCCAGCUACCCAGGGAAAUAUGGUUGCUCUUCAGAUGACAAUGCAACAGAAUUCAAACCAGGGUUUAAUUGAGACAGUGACACAAGUAAAGACAUUUGAGGCAAAAACUGUGUCUGAGAACAAGAAAAACUCAAAGAAGAAGCUCAAAGAGACAAUGUUUUGCCUGGUUUCUGUCCCUAUUAGUAUACAAGCUAACAAAAGUGUUUUUGACCCAAAUAACAAUGAAAAAGUGACUAAUUCAACAGAAAACACAGUGGUGCAGCAUGACGAUCAAAACCUUUUAAAAACAUCACGCAAAGAAACACAAAUACAGUCCAGCAGCUCCCCAUCCAUUAAAAGAUCCCCUCUGUGGAAAGAGACUGUAGAUACUAUGUCCCUUAAUACAAGCCAAGACAAUGUAUUGUUCUGUGCAGGAUCCUGGCCUGGAGAUCAUUACAGAAACCAGGAAACUCAGACGGGUUCUCCAGAGGUUUCCAGAAAUACCCAUCCUCUGACAAAUGACCAUUCUUCCCCUCACGCAAUCACUGAUAAUGAAGGUGAAACCAACUGUAGUGCCAACUACGGAUAUCCCAUGAUAGGUCAAAAGGAUCUCAACCCUUCCAGGAACAGUGCAUUCUCCAGAACUAGGAAUGGAAGUAGCUCAAGUAUAAGGAGUCCGACUCUGCACCAAUCAGCAUCAAAUCCAUCAUCUCCAGACCGUCAGCCUUUGCUGAGAAAGACAAAUGAAACAGCAGAUUGUGAAGAAGUUUUUGGACAGUUCUUGCUAAAGCCAGUGAACAGACGCAAAUGGGAUGCCAUUGGGGAGCUUGAGUCUUUUAAUAAGGAGAUACAGGAUCAUACUGGGAAGUAUCCAAAUGUUGAUCAGAAUAUAGUGGAGUUGGAUGAGGCAUUAAACAGUUUUCUGGAGCUGAGUGACACAAACAGAGAAGUCAAUUAUACAAGACAGGAAACCACCCCACUUCACGUGAAGAAGGAAACUGACCAGCAGUCACAUAUAGUGCAGGUCACAGAGAUGCAAAUGAAAAGCAAUAACUUAAAUGUAAUAUCUGAUUUAGGGAACAGAUGCCUUCCAGAAUACAAAGGUAUAAAAAGUUCCUUGUCCAAGGGAAAGGUGAACUUGGACAGCCAGAUGCAAGAGAUACCUGUCACCAAAACUGAUAAUUAUGUCAACUUUGAGAUUAUGCAGAGGGGGGGCACUAAUUCAGCAAUACAUCGGCAGGAUAUCCCAGUGCCGAAGGAGUGCUUGCUUAAGGAUGUUGGUUUAACAGUAUACACUGCCAUUCCAGACACUGUGACCUCUGGAUCCCCUACAUGCUUGAGUCCUGAGUCACCUAUGUUAACCAGUCCUUCAGACAACUCAGAAAUGUGUGAGACUUUGCAGAUUACAUCAUCAGACAGUAGUGGAGAUUUGAGCAGGCACAGCCCUGAGUUUGCUGAAUGUACUCAAAGCUUGAACAAUAAUAAUGCCUUUAACUCCAAAGCCCUCAACAAGAAGGAAGCUGGGAGAGGAAACACAGACGUUACUAGAUCGGGGAGGUCCUCUUGUAUCAAUGUGAUCAAGAGUCUUCAUUGUAGGUUUAAGGCUAAUUAUGAGGAUAAUGAUGACAGUUUUUAUUCAGAUUAUUUAAGCUGGAGUAAUGAAAAGACCUUGGCAGAUGAACAUCUUGAGACUCUUUUGAGUCAAGAGAAGGCAAACAGUAUGCAGACCGAAGACCUUAGUAAACUUUACCAAGUCCAGUGUGCCAAAGGCAUUCCUGAAAAUGAAUCCAUUGAACAACGGGCUGCCAGAAUACUCGGGAUUGCAGUGCCAGCUGAAGCCUUGGUUGUUGACCACAUUGAUGACAAACCGGUAGAAAGAAAUUUGGAAACCACAGAUGCUGCAGAAUCGGCAAUACAAACCAAAGAGAUGAGCUUAAAUGAGGAGAAACAGAAUGUCAGUAGAGAGUGUGAGGAAGUGCCAGAAAGAUCUAUGGAAAGUCAUGGAGAUAUGCCAGAGGUAGGGCUUGGAGAGGAUCCCGAGUCUGGAGAAGAUUUACCUAGUGCUGAAAAGCACAGCCAGAGAGUCUGCUCAGUGCUGGAGCUGCCAGAGUUUCCUCCAAGUAACUUAUGUUUGUCGCUUCCACUGACCGAGGAUGAGGAAUUGACUCUUAGUGUAGGUGCGGGAGACAGGAGGGAGACCGUUAAUACUGAGAUAACAGAAGUGCCACAGAACCACUUGCAGGUAUUUUGCCCAUCUCCUCUGUCCCCCUCAUCCACAAAUGAUCAAGCAUCCAUGGAGUACACCAUCUAUCCAAAGGAAGAAAGCUCUCAGUCAUUAGUGAGAACUAUCACCAGGAUCACCUUUGCCAAAGAGACAGACUUAGAAGAAAAGGAAGGAAAACUAAAAGACUCAGUUAUAGAGGACAAAACGCUAGUGGAAGAGAACCAGUACAGUGAUAUUGAAGUCAAAGAAAACAAAUCAGGUAAAGAGGACGAAACGCUAGUGGAAGAGAACCAAUACAGUGAGAAUACAGUCAGAGAAAACAAAGACAUGACCAGUUAUAUGCAAGAAGAGGAUGAGCAAAAGGCUCAGGAGGAAGUUUUGGCUGAAGAGGUGAUACUAGGAAGAUCAAGGCAGUCACCAAAGUCAAUGGCACGUCCAAUCCCACAACCACGCAGUGGCAUGGUAACAAAGAGAGAGAUCACUCUGCCACAAGGAUUCAACAUGGAUAAUACAAUGCCUGCAAUUGAGGAUGAUGACAAGCUGUUUAUUUCAGAAGCAUAUGACCCCAGUCGUGUGGAGAGAGUCUGAUUUUGGACACUGUCAAAGCAAACUCUGGGACCUUACUGGAAUACACAAUGUAAACAAACACAGAAGUUCAUAAGCAGGAAGAUGGACUUCAUGCCACAUAUUAAGACUAAUUUUCAGAACUUCUGUGGCCUGUUGAUGUAAUAGCUAAGUUGUUUAUCAAUGAGAUAUGAAUGUAUAAUGUAUAUCAAGUAAAGCUCAGACAUUACAGAAAUAGCUACAAAUCAGUCUGUACAGACUUAAUAAUUUUCUAAAGUUUCUCUGCACCAGCAAAUGUCAUUGUGCCAACAGCGACAAGAAAGACACAAAAGCUUGCACUUCUCAUUUUCUGCAGUAUUACCAAUGAGAGAAAGGAAAGAGGCCUUGAUGUAUUAAAGCAAUGAAAUGGACUGGUGAGGUAGCAGCUGAAUAAGUGACAUAACACUGUGCUUUUAAUCACAGAGAAAUAUUUUUGUAAGAAAUGUUAAAAAGAAAAGGAAAGUGUGAUUAUAAGUUUUAGAGGUGGGAGAAACCAUUUAUGUUACUGUGGUAGAACUGCAAUACAAAAUCAUAUUUUUUUGCAAAUGGAAUAUAGGCUGCUUUUACACAAAUGAUGCAGUUAAGAAGAAAGCUAAACUGAGGCAAAGAUUUAAGAAUAUUUUGUGUGAAAAUCUUAAGUGCAGUGACUUCAAUAGUCAGUUUCCAUAGUUAUUGCUUUAAAAUGACUCCCUUCAUUCAAGAGUUGUUUUUUUUAAUAUAUAUAAUAUCUCAUAUGCAGUUUGAGCUUUUCAGAGUAGCAGUCAGAUAAUAUAUCAUCUCAUCACAAAAUGCAAUAAAAAAAGACAAAUGUAUUUAUUUUUAUCAAGCUAUCAACAAUCUGUACAGAUGAAAAUAUAUUCAAAAAAAGUGUUAUUUUACUUUGUGAGUUUGUUUGCUUGCUUACAAUCAAUAUGGAUAUAUCAUAUCUGAAUAUGUCUAUUAUCCUGUAUUACUCUUACAAUGAAUGAUUUUUUUUAUUGUGCCGUGUGGCGUGCUUUUUGUUGCACAAAUGUCAGAAAGUGUUACAUGUGUUUCUUCAUGCACAUACAAAGUAUUCUGCAUCUUAUGUCCAUAUCAAUUCUGAAAGCUUACUCAUAUUGUGAGUAUAUCUACCGGAUGUAGUGCUUAUUAACUAAUUUACCCUUGCAAUUGCUUAUUUACAUUCUGUUAUAACUCAACAUGGAAAGUUGAGGUGGACACAGUUAAUCAAUGUUAUAGCUAUCACAUAAUUUUAUAAAUGCAGUCCAAAGUGCACUAAAAUGAAUUUAGUAAUUAGCACAUCCAAAAACUGGCAAUAGUGGCCAAAAACUCCAGAAGAGUCAUUGCUUCCAUUUGCUCUGAUUAUAGUUAUCGUUAUGGAUAAAGAGUGCAAUACCAUAAUGUUAUAGUAAUAUUAUCAUCAAUAUUUUCCAAUAUUUUUAUAAUAAACUAUGAAUUAGUGCAGAUAGAUGUUCUAUAGUCAGUGGAUGGUUAGAAAAAAAUAUAGCAUAGACAUAGACAUUCAUCACACUUAUGUUUUGUAAGUUAGAAUCAAAUAAUUGCUGUAAGUAGUCCUUGAUUGUUUCUACCAUUUUGUACAAUUUUGUUUUUCAAAAACGGAUGAUUAUAUUGUUGCAUAUAACGUAUAUGGCAUUUAAUAUCUUUUUCUAUUUUCAUACAGAAACUGUACUUGAUUGUUUUGUAUUGGGUCGGAAUUGAUUUUCUUUCUGUGCAUGAUAUAAGAGAUGUAAACUGGGGUCUGGAAAAUGUUUGGCAUACAACUGCAUUUGGUACUACAUUAAAAAAUAUAUUCAUUAUAUUACACUGUGCACAUUUUUAUCCUGAUAAAAACAAUAUUUAAAUUCAAAACAAGCUAUUUUUUUUUAUUAUUUUACAGAAAGGGAAGUAUUUACUGUGCACCUCAGUACUUAUGUCUUUUAACUAUUGGGUGAAUGUGAAUGAAAUGUUUGAGAGGAAACUCCAUUGCAGAUUGCUCAUUAAUAAACUCCUUGCAUGGA